AUCAGCUUGGCGUUUGAAUUUGCCUCUUUAGGAUGGGAAGGGCUAAUGAGCUAUCAAUUCUUUGUGACAUUGAUAUUGUUCUUCUUAUGUUUUCUCCUACUGGCAAGGCUGCAAUAUGUUGCGGUACACGAAGUAGCAUGGAAGAGGUGAUUGCUAAGUUUUCUCAAGUAUCACCGCAGGAAAGAACGAAAAGGAAGUUCGAGAGUCUUGAAAACUUGAAGAAAACUUUCCAAAAGUUGGAUCACGAUGUAAAUAUACGCGAAUUUAUAGCCUCAAGUAAUUCAACAAUAGAGGACUUGAGUAAUCAAGCAAGGAUUCUGCAAGCUCGGAUUUCUGAGAUACAUGGAAGAUUAAGUUAUUGGACGGAACCAGAUAAGAUUAACAACGUUGAACACUUGGGACAGCUCGAAAUUUCGAUUAGGCAAUCCCUUGACCAAUUGCGUGCACAUAAGGAACAUUUUGGGCAGCAGCAACACGCAAUGCAAAUAGAAAACGCAAACUUUGUUAAAGAUUGGUCAACAUGCUCGAUGCAAGAUGGGAUUCAGAUUCCUUUAGAACAACAGCUUCAAUCUAUGUCAUGGAUUCUUAAUAGCAACACCACCAACAUUGUCACCGAGGAACACAAUUCAAUCCCGCAGAGGGAAGUCGAGUGCUCAGCGAGUUCUUCAUUUGGGAGCUAUCCAGGCUACUUUGGAACAGGGAAAUCUCCUGAAAUUACAAUUUCGGGUCAAGAAACAAGCUUUCUUGAUGAACUAAACACCGGACAGCUGAAACCGCAAACAAGCUCGCAGCAGCAGUUCACUAAUAAUAAUAUCCCAGCAUACAAUCCCAAUCUGCAGAAUGAUAUGAAUCAUCACCAAACGUUGCCUCCUCCUCUUCCGCCUCCUCAGGUGUAUAUUCCAAUGACUCAGAGAGAGUACCAUAUGAAUGGAUUCUUUGAAGGACCACCACCUGGAAUUUCUGCUUACAACAACAACACCAACCAAACCAGGUUUGGUGGUUCUAGCAGCAACUCCUUGCCUUGCUCAAUCUCAAUGUUCGACGAAUACUUGUUUUCCCAGAUGCAGCAACCGAACUGAGAGAGAUUUGAUGAAUGAUGAUAAAACAUCUCACUGAAGAAACUCACCAAUAUUUUUUUUCAGAAACAGCAAGAAAACAAAAACUUUGCAGAUUUCUGAAUUGGUUCCAAGAAAAAGAACAAAAACCAGUGGUAAUUCUGGUAGAUUGCAACCAAACCACACACAAUACAUGUUCAUUUUUUUC